GGGAAUAGGAAGCAAUAUAAAUUUUCCAAAAUUGGCCUUGCCGCCUCAAUCUUUUGGGCGCCGCGGACGAGGAAGCAACGUGAAUUUUCCAGAUUUCAGAAAAGUAGUUCCGACCGCUCCGCGCUGCCACCUAACAAUCUCGUGCUCCAUGUGUGCUCUUUUUGCAAUUGAUUUUUUUUCUCGAAUGUAGUGCAAAAUAAUAACAGUUGAAGAACUACAGUUAACAAGCAAGAAAUCUCUAAUAUAAAGUAACUAACGAAAUCGAACGGACACCCAAUCCCGUGGCAAUAGCAGCAGCAGCAGCAAAAAGAAAUACGGCAACAACGGCGACUUCGAGGAGGCCAGCGCUCAUUUAUUGGUCUUACAAAACUAAAAAAGGAAGAGAGGCCUGGACCAGUUUGAGAGAGGAAGAAGGAGAUUGAACGAGAGGAGGCAGCGCCGUGUAGAGCGCAGGCGCGUAAAUCCAGGAUUCGAAGACCAGCGAGAGAAAUAGAAGGCGCAUAUUAAUUCCUUAAUUAUCUGGCCAUCGAGCAGCCAAAUACAAACCCGUGGAAUACCUCCCUCAUCCCCAACACCCCUCAACGACCCGGCUGUAGUCAACUAAACAGAAAACAAGUCCCGCCAUCGCCCCAUCGUCACAUCCAACUCAACUCAACUCAACCCCACCGAUUGCCUCUCGCUCAGUGGACUUUAUGAUGGCCAACACAGGAGCCGCCGGUGGAGUGGACACACAGGCGCAACUGAUGCAGAGUGCGGCCGCUGCUGCGGCCGUGGCAGCCACUAGUGCAGCCACCGCCCCGGUACAGAAUGCGGCCGCUGUCGCCGCCGCCGCCCAGCUCCAGCAGCAACAACAGGUGCAGCAGGCGAUCCUGCAAGUUCAGCAGCAGCAGACACAGCAAGCGGUGGCCGCGGCCGCCGCCGCCGUCACGCAGCAGCUCCAGCAGCAGCAGCAGGCCGUGGCCCAGCAACAGCAGGCACAGCAGCAGCAGGCGCAGCAAGUGCAACAGCAAGUCCAGCAGCAGCAGGCGCAGCAGGCGCAAGUGCAGGCAGUGGUGGCGCAGCAGCAAGUGCAGCAGCAGGUCCAGCAAACGGUGGUGCCCCAGCCGCAGCCUCCGCCGAACACCAACGGCAAUGCCGGAGUGCCGCAGAACGGUAGCAACGGCAGCACGGAGACGCGCACAAACCUGAUUGUCAACUACUUGCCGCAGACGAUGACGGAGGACGAGAUCCGCUCGCUUUUCAGCAGCGUGGGCGAAAUCGAGUCCGUAAAGCUGAUACGUGACAAGUCGCAGGUCUACAUCGACCCGCUGAAUCCGCAGGCGCCCAGCAAGGGCCAGAGCCUGGGCUAUGGCUUCGUCAACUACGUGCGGCCGCAGGACGCUGAGCAGGCAGUCAACGUGCUGAAUGGGCUCCGUUUGCAAAACAAAACGAUUAAGGUCUCCUUUGCCCGGCCCUCUUCGGACGCCAUCAAGGGCGCCAAUCUGUAUGUUUCUGGGCUGCCCAAGACAAUGACUCAGCAGGAGCUAGAGGCUAUCUUCGCCCCCUUUGGUGCGAUCAUCACGUCGCGUAUCCUGCAGAACGCCGGCAACGACACCCAGACGAAGGGUGUCGGCUUCAUACGCUUUGACAAGCGCGAGGAGGCCACUCGGGCCAUAAUCGCCCUGAACGGCACAACGCCUUCCAGCUGCACGGAUCCCAUUGUGGUGAAGUUCUCCAAUACGCCCGGCAGCACCAGCAAGAUCAUACAGCCGCAGUUGCCCGCGUUCCUUAAUCCGCAGCUGGUGCGACGCAUCGGUGGUGCGAUGCACACGCCGGUUAACAAGGGGCUGGCACGCUUCUCGCCCAUGGCUGGCGACAUGUUGGAUGUGAUGCUGCCUAACGGACUGGGCGCAGCGGCGGCGGCAGCCACCACGCUGGCCAGUGGACCGGGCGGCGCCUAUCCCAUCUUCAUCUACAAUUUGGCGCCCGAGACCGAGGAGGCGGCCCUGUGGCAGCUAUUUGGUCCCUUCGGGGCAGUGCAAUCCGUGAAGAUCGUCAAGGAUCCCACAACGAAUCAGUGCAAGGGCUACGGCUUCGUCUCCAUGACGAACUACGAUGAGGCGGCAAUGGCCAUCCGCGCCCUGAAUGGUUACACUAUGGGCAAUAGGGUGCUUCAGGUCAGCUUUAAGACCAACAAGGCCAAGUAGGAGAUGAUCCCCGAUCCGCGAGGAUGGGAGGCCCGAAAUUACAUAUAGUCUACACUAUAUUUCCCACAUCCGCAGUUCCCUUACGCCGCCUCCACCCCCCGCCCCCCUCACACACACACAACCUCACAAACACCACACUCACACCAAGACACAUAUAUAAAUAUGCAUGGUAUAACGGUAACUAAGCGCAACAAAGAGUAUGUGUAAAACACACACGAAACCAAAAAAAAAAAAACGAGAAAAGAGAAAGAAAGUGAAUGCAAGAGAGCCCUCGUUGAAGGGUAGCAGGAGGUGGAGGACUGACACUGACUCUCUCUCAAGCGUCGACACAACGAAAGGGGCGGCCCAUCCUUGUAAACCUUGUAAAUCCUGAACACCCUGCAACCCGUAAAAAAAAUCCCCCAAAAAAUCCAAUCCAAAUCCCAAAGAAUCAUCCGCCAAAAAACCGUUGCAAUAGCAAAAUUCUUCUUGUUUAGCAUUUAAGUAAUGAAUCAUAAACUAAAACAAAACGAAACAGCUGAAGUGAGAGAGAGAGAGAGAGUAAUACGAGUAGAAAGGAAAAGAAGGAGUAGAAGAAGGCAUAAAGCAUAACAAAGAAAUCAACAAAACGAAGUAAAGCCCCCAAAGAAAACUUGAAGAAAAUACAUUUAAUUCUAAAAACAAACUCCAAACUAGCAAAAGGAAACAAAAACAAGCAAACAAUUUUAAAAAUGUAUUAACAUUAAGUAAAACAGCAAUGAAAUCUUCCAAAACAAAGCAAAAAAAAGCAAAACAAAAAACCAAAACUGGCAACAGGCAAGAAAUCUGUUAGUAACACUCUAAAAUUUUUCUACCAUUAGCGAGGAAUAUCGAGAAGGUACUAAUAGAGUUCAGUGUCUAGGCUAUAUGAUUACAAUAUAGGGCGUGUGUGUGUGUCCAAAGGACAUCGGUUUGGCUUGAGGCUGCAGGGAGAUUCUGGCAAAGUAUUUGAAGAUUCUAUAUAGUAUAUGUAUACUCAACAUGGAGGCUGCUACAGUAUUACAAGAGAAACAAAAAGCUACAUACUUAAGCGAUGUGCAACAAAAAGUUCAAUACUUCUAAAUAUACGUAUAUAUAUAUAUAUGCAUACAUAUAUAUAUAUAUAUAUCUAAUCGCAUGAUAGUUAUAUGUCUACCAUAUAGAUAUACACCUACAUAUACAUACAUAUUUAAAUGUGUAUAAAAAUUUACAAAUUUUUUAGUGCUUUUUUUGUGUGUUUCUUGACAUUUAAAGAGGAGAUUAGGGAGUAGAGAGAUGUGAAAGAUGAGAGGUAAGCCAGAACCAGAUCAAGCUAAAUUUGUGUCCUUUACACACACACAAGCAAAAACAAACACAAACAAAUAUACACGAACACACACACACACACACUCACACAUUAUAGCAGUUAGAACUGUAAAAAAAAACUGGCUAAAAAAGAAAGAAAGCAAGAAAGAAAAGCAAGAGUAAUACAAUAAUUUAUGCGCAAAUUUGAAAUGUUUUACUAAAGUAAAUAAUUGUUAGUGAAUAUUAAUACUUAAACUAUGUCAAGUGUGUGCAUGCAUCUAUAUGGAUAUAUGGAUAUAUGAUAUAUUUGAUAUAUAGAUAUAGAUACGUGCAACCUAUAUAUAUACAUACAUACUUUAUCUAAUGUAUAGUUCAAGGAGCAAGUAAGCGUCGAAUAUUUGCUAAAACCACACAGUUUUUUUAGCGUUUAAACAAAAGACAAAAGCGUAGCACAAAACAUGAAAAACUAUAAAAACUAAAAACUAAAAAACAAGUGCAGCCACCACAAAAACAACAACAAACCAUUUUUAUAUGACAAAAGUUGAAAACAAAGAAAAUGAAACGGAUAAAAUUAUGUAUGACAUAGGUGUAAACAAAAGCAUUAGCAAAGCGUUUUCUCUAGCAAAGUAAGUUAAGCGAAAAGUUAAUAGAAGUCAAACGAGAUGGGAGAUCAGAACCCUACCCCUAGCACUUUCACCCGUACUACCCCAAACCCCCAAAAACUUUUGCGUUGAUUUAUCAUCAGUUUUAUUCACUUGAGAACUUUUGUUUGCUUCUGUUGAUUGUUAAGCGAGAGAGUGGACACACAAGAAGAACACAAUUACACACAGAUAUAUUGUAAGCCAUAUAUGAUUUCGAUUCUGAAUUCUGUAUUUCGAUUAAGUUUUGUUUGAUUUCUUUGUUUGCUUUGUGUAAAAAUCGGAAAUGGAGGCUCCUGCAUACGCAUACCCCGGACAGAUCCAUGAACAGAACCGAACCCAUAUCCUGACCAGAACGGACCUCAUCCAAAAUCCUACAUAAACCAGACCCGGACCAAACCAAACCUUAACCCAAACCCAAACCAUGCAUAUUUAUAACAAUGUUUUGUGUUUUGAUCUAUAUUGAUUUCUUUAUGAAACUAUAGACAAGCCCCCGACCCCGAGCCCCGCCCCUUCCCCAACCAAAGAGAGUGCGCGAAUUUGAUUUCUCUCUCCCCGAAUAGUGAAAAUUAUUAACUUAAGUUUUGAUCAAAACCAAACCGAACCGAACAGAACCGAAUCCCUAGCAAGGAGGAGGAGGAGGAGGUGGAGCCAAUGAAUUCUGCUUAUGAUUAAUCUACCUAGCUCUAUAGAAUAUAUAUAUAUGUUUACCAUAUAUCCCUAAAUAUAGUACCUUUUUUUUGUAACUGUAGGCCGAACAAGAAAAGGAAUUUUUUUUUGUUUCUUUGUUUGUUUGAACAAAAUUUGCAACAAGAAAUCUAGUCAGAAGAGAAUGAAGAGAAGAAGAUUAUGAUGGUGGAAGAGGAGCACCAUAAAGUGGAUGUAGAGAAGCUUGAAAGAAUAUUUGAGGCAGCAGUAAAAGAUAGGAAAGAGAGAGAGAGAGAGAGUUAAAUUGAAGAUCAAACCAAAAGUACUAAGACAAUUUAUAUCUAAAACUAAGCAUAGCGAAAUGAUUGAUUUAUUGAUUGAGCCAAGCCCACACUUCCUCGUCCCUCAAAGCGCAGUAGAGAGCAAGCAAAAAAGUAGUGUAAUGAGAUCAAGUCCUUACACUCUUCUACUGAUUUUUUGCUUGCUUGCUGUUUCUGCCCUGCUAUACAUUUUUAAACAAUCUGCUAGUUUAUUUAUAUAGCACACGACACAUAAUACAGAUAUGAAUAUAUGUAUAGUAUGUAUGCCAUAUAGAGGAAAGUGCAAUGCAAUUAUAAGAAAUCCGUUUUAACUGAAGAA